AUGAACAAUUCCGGCAUUUUGAACACCAACAAAGAGCAGCGACUCUUACUCACAACGAUUUCCAAAAUUGGAUUUUUCAUCCUGUUUAUUGUGUUUGGGUCGUUGGUCGGCGUUUCGCUGUUUGUCUCCUUUAACGCGCCUCGUCCGUGGGAAUGGUUCACGAUGUCGUCGUGGAGAUGUGCUGGCGCCGACAGUACAUUUUCAAAGAACUGCAAAGGUAUCGACCUUCUCGAGAAGUCGAACAAAAUAACGAUUCAAUUAGGGCCAUACAGUAUAUUCAAUCAAGAGAGUCGUCUUGAGUAUUAUUUCAUGAAGAAGAAUACAAAGCGUGAUAUGGUAGUUGAUGGGACAGUGAAGUUCAAAUAUACAUUGUACGGCACUUCUGUGUUAAAUCAGCCCAAUCAAGUGAUCGACCCGAAAAAGGUGAAGAAAAUAGAGGACAAGACCAUAGAGACUAGGGUUCAUUGUAAAGCCUCAAACAUGCAAUGUGAGACGUCAUUCAUCUCAUCAGAGAUAUACUUAGAUUAUCCAAUCUACUUAAUAGAGUUAAGUGUUGUCAAUGAGAAUGUCAAAGACUCUGUUGCGGACAUGUUAUUCAAAACCACUAACGUGACAAGUACAUAUACCAUUUUUGAGUUGUUCUGGCGACUUGUCUUCAUCAUCUUCAGCUGUUUGUGCACUAUUGUAUAUUUGUGGGCGAACCGAUCGAUUCCACAAGAGAAGUGGAGUCAUGAACAGAAGUGGACUGUUGUCUUGUUAACGUUCUUAAUUUGGGAGAACAACCCUCUUUUCCCGUACGAGUUUUUGAUGGACAACGCAUUCUACUUGUUUGUCAACUCAGUCAUCGACACCGUGUUCAUUUGCUUCUUGAUGUUCUAUGUUCUCAUUAUGUUCGAUGCUCUUCGAAAACCAAUUAAACAAAGAAUGACUCUGAAAUUCUACGUCCCAAGAGCGUUACUGUGUGGAUUACUCUUUGUCUUCAUCUUAAUCAAUUUCAUGUAUAACAAGACAAGAAAGAUUUAUUCGCCAACUAUGACGGGGUCAAAGGAUCCAGUGAACAUUGUAGUGUCACUUGGUAUCAUGAUCUUAUUAGUCAUCUAUCUCUUCUGGCUUGUGUUCUCGAUCAUCAGAUCAUUCUCUGAAGUGCGUAAAUUGGGUACGACCGGAUAUAGAGUCCAAGUGUAUGGACUCUUUACCAUCUUCAUUCUGUUACUGUAUGUCUCAUUGUUACUUUCUGUAUUCUUUAUGGGAUACCGAAACAACGCAGUGGUCUCCCUCACCACAAUUGCGUUUGUCAAUUUCUAUUGUAUGGUGCUGGCUAUAUUGUACCUCCCGUCAUCGUCAGGUGAUGAGAAGAAAGAAGAGAGAGCAAGAAUAGUGAAACUUGAUGAUGAAGAAAUGGACUUGAAGGUCGAAGGGUACGACGAUGAAGAUCAAGUGCAAGAACAAGAGAAGGGUGACGAAGUUGUCAUAGAGCAGUGA